AUGUCAAUAACAAGAUUAGGCGUAUGCACAUUAAAUUAAUGGGCAAUGGACUUUACUCAGAAUGUCUAAAAUAUUAUAGAAAGCAUAGAAAUUUGCAAAAGAAAACAAUGUUUAUACCGCUUAGGACCAGAAUUGGAGAUAUGUGGGUACAUGUGUGAAGACCAUUUUUUGGAAUCCGAUACAGUUACCCAUUGUUGGGAAGCAUUAGCAGAGAUACUUCCUCAUACAGCUAACAUAGUUUGUGACAUAGGGAUGCCAGUUAUCCAUAAAAGUGUGUUUUACAAUUGUAGAGUGAUUUUGCUAAACAAAAAGAUUCACUUGGUUAGACCAAAAAUGUAUUUGGCAGAUGAUGGAAAUUACAGAGAAUCUAGAUAUUUCACUCCAUGGAGUAAAGAAAUUGAGGAUCUUGAACUUCCUCCAAUCAUUUAAAUAGCCACUGGAUAGAAAUGUGUACCCAUUGGAGUUGCUAUUUUGCAAACUCACGAUACAGAAAUUGGUAUAGAAAUAUGCGAAGAAAUGUGGACACCCAUUCCCACUAGUGCAAAUCAAGCAUUAGAUGGAGCAGAAAUAAUUCUCAAUUCAAGUGGAUCUCAUUAUGAAGUUGGUAAAAUUAAAGAAAGAACAGAAUUAUUCAAAGAUAUAACAAAGAGAAAUGGUGCAUGUUAUGCGUUUUGUAAUCUGAGAGGAUGUGAUGGUAAUAGAUUGUACUUUGAUGGAUGUUCAUGCAUUGUGUUGAAUGGUAAAGUAUUUGCCAAAAGUGACGCAUUCUCACUUAAAGAUGUAGAAGUAACAACAUGUGAUAUUGAUUUACAAGAAGUUAGGAACAUUAGAAUUAACAUCAAGAGUAGAUCUCUUAUGGCUUCCAAAUAAAAGCAUUUCCCAAGAGUCAAGCUUGACAUCAAUCUGACCUAAUAAUAGAAUUACAUUUAUUACCAUGAUAUUCCUAUCCAAUACGAAUCGGAAAUUGAAGAUUCGACAGCCUGUUACUUAUGGGAUUACAUGAGAAGAUCUGGAGCCUGUGGAUUUAUGCUUCCAUUAUCGGGAGGCUUGGACAGCAGUGCCACUGCACUAACUGUAUUUUUUAUGGCGAACAAAAUCUUCAAAACUAUUAACAAUGUUGAUAAUGAUUACUAAACUCAUAUCAAAGUAUUGUAAUAAUUACGUAAAAUUGUAGAAGAUGAUACCUUCACUCCUAAAUCUCCAUAAGAAAUUGUUAAUAAACUAUUCUUUACUGUUUAUCUUGGGUCUGAAAAUUCAACAUAGGAUUCUAGAGCUAGAUCAAAAUUAUUAGCUGAGUAAAUAGGCAGUAGACAUUACGAAAUCGAAAUUGAUUAGGUUUGCAAAGCUUGUACAUCCUGUAUAAAACCUAUUUUAAAAAAGGAACCUUAAUUUGUUUCAAAUGGAGGAUCUCUAUCAGAAGAUCUAGCCUUAUAAAAUAUCUAAGCAAGAUCAAGGAUGAUUCUUACUUAUUUAUUGGCCUAAUUAACCCCAUGGAAUAAUGGAAAAAAGGGAUUUUUGAUUGUACUUGGAUCUAGCAAUUUAGAUGAAUCUAUCCGAGGAUUCUUUACUAAAUAUGAUUGCUCAAGUGCUGAUAUCAAUCCAAUAGGUAGUUUAAGUAAAAAUGACUUAAGGGAGCUUCUUUUAUUUUGUUACAAGACUUUUAACUUUUCAGCCAUUUAAUUAAUUUUAGAAGCUAAACCAUCACCAGAAUUAAGACCUUAAACAGCUGAAGGCCAUAUUUCAGAAAAUGACAUGGAAUUAACAUUCAAUGAAUUGGAAACAUUUGCAAAAUUGAGAAAAGUGUAGAAACUGGGGCCAGUUAGUAUGUUUAAAAAGUUGAGAUAUCUUUGGUCCAAUUUGACUCCAUAACAAGUAGCUGAAAAAGUGAAGAAAUUCUUCAUGUUUUAUGCCUUAAAUAGACACAAGGUGGUCACUAUUACUGCUUCAUUUCAUGCCUAAGCAUUUUCACAAGAUGACAAUCGCUUUGACUUUAGGCAGUUUUUAUAUAAUUGGAGAUGGCCUUGGCAAUUUAAGAAAAUAGAUGAGAAUUUAUAAUGA